UGGUGUCGCUAGCUGCGGGCAGACGCAUGUGGGUGUUGACCACUUUAGCGGGUUUAGUCAAACCGUAAAUUUGAUACUGUCUGAGUUUGUUAGAUUUAUAUUUAGGUUAAACUUUACGUUAGGGGACACCAAACUUUUUUGGGUAUGGGUUCCAUCACUAGCUGUAUUUAAAUUACCCAUAAAAUUGAUACAGUAGAAGUAAUAAGCAAAUGCAUGGGCUGUACGCUCUCUCUUUAAGAUAAAUAUAAACCUAACUAACUCAGACAGUAUCAAAUUUACGAUUUGACUAAACCCGCUAAAGUGGUCGGCACCUGCUGCCUGCAGCUAGCGACACCGUUCAUUGGACAAAAAGCCAAUAUGGCGUCACAGAAAUUAUAAUUGCAUGAUGAAAUCAAAUGUUUGAAACCACGUGCUAGACAAAAAGAGAAAGAUCAUCGAAUUCUAAACACCGCCAAGUCAGACCUAGAUUUUAUGUAUUGACAAGGUGUUUAUUAUGUUAAUAUAUGCACGUGUUACUGUUCUUUCAGUUUUAAAAUGAUUAUUAAGUUAUUGAUAAAGAAUAUGCUGUUAAAUGUGGAAGGAAAAGUUCCUUAAUGUUAUAUCAAUGUAGUACAAAAUAAACAUUAGAAAUGAAUAAGUUAAGCAUUACUAUACCACCGAACUUGGAUAUGGACGAUCCAAGAUUCAGGGUUAGACCGUAUCAACAAGUUGUGGCUGCUUGUACCGGUGCUUUUAUCACAUCAAUGUUUGUUACACCAUUGGAUGUGGUAAAAAUUCGACUUCAAACUCAACAGAAAGCAAUGCUUUCUAACAAAUGUUUUCUUUAUUGUAACGGCUUAAUGGACCAUUUGUGUCCAUGCCUAAAUGGUAGAGGCCCAGAAUGGGCUAGGGUGAAUGGAAAAUUUAAUGGCACAAUUGAUGCCCUUGUAAAAAUUAGUAGAAACGAAGGUAUUCUUUCUUUAUGGAGUGGACUAAGCCCUACUCUCGUUCUAGCAGUACCUGCGACUAUAGCAUAUUUUGUUUCGUAUGAACAGUUAAGAUUAUAUUUUAAGGAUAUAUAUAAUAAAAAGAUUAAACAUAAUACAAUGGGGGGCAAGGAACAACCAUUUUGGAUUCCUAUGUUGGCUGGAGCAAUAGCGCGUAUUUGGGCUGCAACUUUAGUAAGCCCAUUAGAAUUAAUUAGAACAAAAAUGCAAUCUCAAAAAUUGAACUAUUCAGAAAUUACACAAGCAUUGAAAACCGUUGUAAAAUACAGCGGUGUUUUUGGUUUAUGGAUGGGAUUGAGUAGUACUCUCCUCCGCGAUGUGCCAUUUAGUGCAAUUUAUUGGUUGAAUUACGAAACUAUAAAGGAUAAAUUUGGAGGACCACAGCAAACUUUUACUUUUAAUCUUACAUCAGGUGCUAUAGCAGGCUCUAUAGCUGCAUUUUUAACGAUUCCGUUUGACGUAGUAAAAACACACAGACAAAUAGAAAUGGGUGAAAAGGAGAUUUAUUCAGAUAAACCUGGACGCAGUAGCAGAACAUGGAAUAUAAUAAAUAAAAUUUAUAGUCAAAAUGGAAUAAAAGGACUCUUCACAGGACUGAUACCACGUGUCAUAAAGGUAGCUCCGGCUUGUGCGAUUAUGAUUGCAACAUUCGAACAUGGAAAACGAUUUUUUGUAAUGUACAAUGCGAAUCAAAUAGUACAAUAUGAUGAAAACGAUAUACAACUGUUACAACACAAACGUGAUAGCACAGAAUGACAUACGUAUCAUGUUUCAUGGUACAAAAAUAAAAUAAAUAAAUUUCAUUUGAAACCUUA